UUGAUAGCGAAGUUCAAUGUGUGCGUUCGUGAUUACCGUAUCCAGUGCCUUCGACAUGUGACCAUCAGUAUCAUUGAUUCGUCCUACGGAUAUCUCUGCAACGAGGGAUACAACACAUUUAUGGAAUCGGCCGAGUGCCUCAUGGAAUUGGAUCGCAAGCCGGAAGUCAAGAAAUGUCAUGACGAGACCCUGGUGGAAAUUGAGACCGCCAAUACUGAGACCGGGAUAGCGAUGGCCGAGAAGCUCGAUCGGAUGUGUGGGGCGCUGAACUUCUUCGCUGGUUGCGUGAAGUCUCCAAUCAAGCACGAAUGCGGAUCAUCAGCUUGGCAGGUCAUCUACAGGGUGCUCAAGGACACCACCAACACUCUGAUGCCUGGAUGCCAUUUCACUGGCGCCUCGGCCAGGCUUCAUUCCAUUGCCCUGGAAGAAACAAUGCUGCCCUCCACGGUCACGCAGCCAAUUCUGACGACUACCGAGCCGACAACGACAACCACAGCCGCUGCUGUCAUUGUCGAGGAUCAUGCCCGGCUGUCGAGCAAAGAGGCCGUUUCUCAUUCCAGAAAAGGCUCGAGGAAGAACAUCAUCAGCGAAGAGUUGUCGCAACUGAACACCACCGGCUCGAUAUUGAGCCUCAGUCUCUUGCUGUUUAUUGUGAUGCUCUAUUGA